AUGAUGAAAAGAAGACAACCUUGGGAUUAUUCAUUUCAGCUUCCCUAGAUAGCUUCCCUAUCCUCCCUGGAUGGAGAGAUAUCCACUGCCACUCUGGUGCCGUCUGGGAAAGCACCAAAUUCUAGCAUGACCCUAGAACAGAACACAACAUCUCCCUUUGUGACUUUAUUACUUAUUUUCUUGGGAAUCCUCAUUGGUCAUUGCUUCCGAAUUCUCCUUGACCCCUGCCAGAGCAUGGCAACAUCAGCCUGGGCUGAUUGACCUGAUGGACUGGAGAAAGGUCAGUUUGACUAUGCUUUUGCUUAG